UCAGAUAAAUGAGAAGAGAGAAAAGAAGGAGGGAGAUUUUGAAGUGGUCGUACCAUCUCCCGCGUUACUGAUACGACUUUCCGAUGGAUCGAAAAUACUACUCCAUGUUUUGCCAAAUCUUAGCACUACUUUCUCUCUCUCCGGACUCUUUCUCUGUUUCUCCCUGUCUUGCAGAGCUGAAUUUCCAUUAGGUUUUCGUUUCUAUACUUCCAUAUGGCUACUCCACCUGCCAGGUCCCGAGCUGAUUACGAUUACCUCAUAAAACUUCUACUAAUUGGCGACAGCGGUGUGGGUAAGAGUUGCCUUCUUUUACGUUUUUCUGAUGGAUCCUUCACCACCAGUUUUAUUACCACCAUUGGUAUUGAUUUUAAGAUAAGAACUAUUGAGCUUGAUGGCAAGCGGAUCAAGUUACAAAUCUGGGAUACAGCUGGUCAAGAGCGUUUUCGGACAAUUACAACAGCCUAUUACCGUGGAGCCAUGGGUAUCUUGCUGGUAUAUGAUGUUACUGAUGAGUCAUCUUUCAAUAACAUCAGAAACUGGAUCCGCAACAUUGAGCAACAUGCCUCUGACAAUGUUAACAAGAUACUUGUUGGCAACAAGGCUGACAUGGAUGAAAGCAAAAGAGCUGUUCCCACCGCCAAGGGUCAAGCACUUGCGGAUGAGUAUGGCAUUAAGUUCUUUGAGACUAGUGCAAAGACCAAUCUGAAUGUGGAGCAGGUUUUCUUUUCUAUAGCAACUGAUAUAAAGCAAAGACUCGCAGAAACAGACACGAGAACUGAACCACAAACGAUCAAGAUUAGCAAACCAGAUGAUUCGGCUGGGCCCAGUCAACCUCCUCCAAAAUCAGCUUGCUGCGGUUCCUAAGAGAAUCAUGAGAGAAGAGAGGAUUUAUCAGCGAGAAAGAAAUUUGGCGGUUGGGGUCAAAGAGGUGGCGAGACUAUCUGGCAAGAAAAACGAACAUUUAAUUUGAUGGAGAAGUUGUUGUUGCUGUUGCAUGUGUGGGCUUGUUUUUCCUCUCAAUACAUUCACGACUCUAUUACUUUGUUUUUAUUGUGCAAUAGUCAGUGAUGAAAGAAUUUAUCAAUUGCAAACACAUUCUGAUUCUGUAGAUCUUGGGAUUGCUCAGCGUUAAUAUUUGUUUCUCUUUGAUGUAGAAAGAUAUAGUAUAUAGAAGCUACUACUUCCACUUUCUCCAGUCGAAGUUUGCCGGAUGUUCUCUCUUCUUGUUCUUCGUCACAAGAAAUGUAUUUCUUGAUUCCACUAACGGGGAUGGAGUUUUCUUAUCAA